AUGACCGCUACCCCUUCAAUUGGUCACAUCGGCAUGCUCUUGAGCGCACUCCUUACGCUCCUGGUGAGCACCCUGACCAACGCCGCGUCUGUGGUAAAGGUUCAAAGGGCCCGAAAUUUUAUUUAUGUCGUCCCUGAUGGAUUUGGACCUGCGUCGCAAACCCUCUGGCGCGAUUAUAUCAAUAUCGUCAACAAGAAUGGGACGGAACUGCGGCCCAAGUCGGCAGAGACUGAACUCGAUCGCAUCAUGAUUGGCAGCGUGCGCACCCAGUCGUUUGAUCACUUUGUUACGGAUUCAGCAGCCUCGGCUACUGCUUUUGCGACUGGCCACAAGACGCAUAAUACAGGGAUUGGCAUCGAUAGCGAUGUCAAACCGGUGGCCUCGAUCCUCGAAGCAGCACACCUCGAGGGCUUCAAGACCGGCCUCGUCGUCACGUCGCGCGUCACCGACGCCACUCCCGCUGGCUAUUGCGCACACGUCAUGGACAGACGUCUGGAGGACGAGAUUGCCAGCCACCAAAUUGGGCAAAAGCACCCCCUAGGAUCGGUCGUAGACCUCAUCAUGGGCGGCGGUCGUCGCCACUAUCAAACACAGAGGAUGGGGGGGAACGGCACCGAUUACGCUGACCUGAUUACAUGGGCCAAGGGCCAGGGCUUCUCCUACGCCUCGGAUAAGGGAGGGCUGGAAGUGUUUUCGCGCGACCUGGGAAAAGUCCCCGUGCCGUUCUUGGGCCUCUUUGCCGACAGCCACAUGGCAUAUGAGCUGGAUCGUGACAAUGAGAAAGAGCCGUCUCUUCUGCAAAUGACACAAGUCGCUAUCAAGUCGCUGGCCGAUGCUACCAAGAGCGGCCAAAAGGGCUUCUUUAUUAUGAUUGAAGCCUCGCGAAUCGACCACGCAGGCCACGCCAACGACGUCGCCGCCCAUGUCCACGACAUCGCCAUGUACUACCAAGUCAUGUCUUUCCUGAAGAAAUACGUCGCUGAAAACCCCGACACCCAGCUCCUGUCGGCGGCGGACCACGAAACUGGCGGCCUGACCCUCGCCAGCGGCUACAACCCUGCCAUGUUGCAGAGAGCCAACCAUACGUCGGAAUACCUUGAGAGGGCCUUUAGCUUGUACCGGGGCCCGGAUAGAGCAACGUACUUGAAGGACGUUAUUCUUCCUCAGUACGGACUUUUAAGUGCUUCUGAAAAGGAUGUUAAGAAGUACCUGGGUAUUCUCAAACGGGACGGUGUCUCCGACAUGGGAGCUGCCAUCAGAAGUGACUUUGCGAAAUCAGUCGGCGUCAAAUGGGCAACGGAUGGCCAUUCGGCCGUCGACGUCCCUCUGUACGGCUUCACUGGUGCCGACAAGUCGUACACGCAGAUGAAGGCGUACUUGGGCCCUCACGCGGAUAAUACCCAGUUGGCGCGGUACAUUGAGCAGGCGCUUGGUAUCAACCUAGACAAGGCUACUGAAGCUCUGAGGGAGAAUUGGGUGAGGUUUGAGGGGUACGGCGGCAAACUGCGAAGAUGA